UCACGCUGGCGGGCGCUAAGUGCGGCCGCAGCAGUGGAGCAACGGAGUGCAUCUCCUAGCGCCUGCGGGUGGAGGGAGUGUCGCUCACAGUCCGGUGUCCGCACUGUUCUGUCUGCCUGUGUCGCCGAGUGCAGCUCCGCGCACCGCCACCGAGGCUUGGGAGGGAGGCAGUCCCGCCGGCUCUCGACCCCGCGGAGUCCACCUCCCGGCCCUGGCGGGACGAUGCUGGAGUCCAUUCGCGUGACGGAAAAGCUUCACUGGCCUGAGCAAGAACUUGCUAAGAAGUCUGUUCUAAAUGCAGAAGACUCAUUGAUCCCUGACAGCAAGAGAAGCCUUCCACAUUCGUCCUCCGGAGUACUAAAAGACAUUUUCACAACCGGAACCAGUAGUUACAAUGUCCUGUUGCAGAGCAAGGAGGAAAGAAAGCACCAUGCACAAAAACAGUCCUCCUCCACCUACUCCAAAGGAUGUAGAAAGCCCAGCAAAUGCCCUAGCUCUUCUCGUAGCAGAGACUCUCGCAGGACGAAAGCCCCAGUACCCCCAGGACCCGUGGCAAGCAGUGGGACUUGGUAUUGCCUGGAGAGGCAGCCCGCUGUUUUUGUCACUAGCUCAGUGUCAAGUCCUGUGAAGUUUACCCAUGAUAUCUCUGUUACAGGGAACAACAUAGUCCUGCCACCCAAACCCAAAAGCAAGGUCAAGCAACACCAUUUCUCCACCCUGGCAAAGCCCAAGCAGCAGCCUCAGCUGUCUAGAAGCUUUGAGAAAGCAGGUGACUUUUCUGCAAAAAGAUUUUGCAUAUUGACUGCUAUAAAACCUACCAACUUAGAGAAAGAAAAACUGAGAUUCUUCAAAUCUGACUAUACCUACAACCCUCAGUUUGAAUACGCCAACCCAGCCCUGCCGACCGUGUUAGCCAAGCACAGCGAUGCAUCUGACCGAUUUCUGAAGCAGUCCGUCCGUAUCAUGGAGCUGACUCUGCAGAAGUACGGCAGUUACGAGAACUUUGAGCAGGCCACGGGCGGCAGCCUGCUGUCGAGGCCGCGCAUCUGGAGCCACGUGCGGAAGUACAUGACGAAGGAGGGCUGCCUGGGAGAGAUUGUGGUGCAUCUCACCGAAGACCUGCUGUCCCGAGCCUCGAUGACAGUCGUGAAUGGGUGUCCCACUCUGACCAUCAAUGUGGCUACUGCACGCGAGCACUGGCUGGAGGGGAUGCUGCGGCAUGAGAUAGGCACACAUUACUUCCGAGGGAUCAACAACCUGCAGCAGCCGUGGAACAGUUGGACUGGCCGCCGAAAACACGAGCUGAAGCCCAACAACCCCACCGAGGAGGGGCUGGCGAGCAUCCACAGCGUGCUGUUCAGGAAGGACCCCUUCCUGUGGAGGGCCGCCCUCCUCUACUACACCGUGUACCAGGCCAGCCACAUGUCAUUCAGCGAGCUCUUUAGAGACAUUGGCAGAUUCGUCAAGGACCCCAAUACCCGAUGGGAUUACUGCGUGCGAGCCAAGAGGGGCUGGACCGACACCUCCCAGCCAGGGUGUUUCAGUAAAGACCAAGUCUACCUGGAUGGCAUCCUUCAAAUCCUCCGAUACCGAGAGUCCAUAGACUUUCAUCUCCUGACGGCGCUGGGGAAGGUCUCUUUCGAAGACGUGGAUCGCCUGAAAGGCCUGGCGGUCACCGAGAACAUGCGGGUCCCGCACUUCCUGCAGGACCACGAGCGCUACAUGGAGCACCUGGAGAAGAUCAUGGAGGUGAACGAGCUCACCGACGGAGAGCUGCGGGCCCUCAUCUAGGCGCCCAGACCAGCCCGGCCCGCGGAAGUCACCAGCCAGGUGCGGCAGUGCCAGUAGAUCACGAGAAGAGAGACUUUGGACUUGGGUUUUCUGAGAAUGGUCCUCAGUGUUCAGCUGAAUGUUUAGGCUCAAUGCAGACAGACUGUUUCCCUAAAAUGUUUCGGUGGGCUGCGGAGGGAGUUGUUCCUGCUUGCGUCCCAAUCUCGGUGGAGCCCAAAGCGCCUGCUAAGUGUUUCCGGAGACUCCUGGUUGCAUCACGCAGUGACCUACUGGGCGCUGAGGCUGCUCAGUGGAGCCAGCAAAGCCAGCCCUGCCCUGCACAUGCCUGCGGAACUGUGCGCUCUCCUUGAAAACCCAGGCUUGCGUGCUCCACAAAGACAGCUACAGCUCAGAUUUCUUACGUCUUUUAUAAGUCAAGUAAUGUUAAAGAGGGAAAGCAAUUUGAAAAGUUAUCCUUAAAUCCUUUUAUACAUUAUUAUUUUUCCUUCUCAGCUUCUAGAAACUAAACUGGAAAAUUGUGCAUUUUGCCACCAAUCUAUAUCCCCAGCCUCUGAAAAUUGUCCCUUUUUGCCCAGUUCUCUCUUAACUAAACUCUUUUUACUUAUUGAAACCUAUUAUACCCCUUUAAAACAAAGUUUCGUGGUUCUUUCCUCUGCAUUAUUGAUAGAAAUGUAAGUGUAUGUUCUGCACAAAUCAAAAUGGUUGGAGGAGGGGACAGAUAACCUUACCUAGAACCUAGGGCAAACUUGACCACGCACUAAAAAAUAAAAUCUCUAGGUUCUAUUUCCCUACCUGGUCAUCGGGACUUGUGACACCAACUUGCUGUACUUGACCCCAAGCUUUGACUUCAUCCACCAGUGACAGCAGAGUGUGAAUUCAACAGUCAGAGGUGUGUUUGCUGCGCGUCUCCCACCGUCAGCCUGCACACUUUGUAACUGGUUCAGUAUAUACUUGGCUGUGUAUCCUGGCAAUCAAAUAGUUCUUUGCACAACUUGCUCUAAUGAUCUGAAAGGACGCUGCAGUGGCACCCAUUCAGCAUCGCCACUGAAAUCUCUCCCCAGAGCUCCAAGAGCUUGUCUGUACCUCGUUCAGGCUAAACCACGGUGCUUACCCUGGUAGCUUCCCACUGCAAAGGUGGGUCCCUUUCGUGCUAGAAAUGACUGUAGGAAAUCUUGUGCAAGCUGGGGGGUGUGAGCUUUUUAGCCUUAAAGGAGGAUGCUGCACACCCAGGACAGACCCUGGCUGGUGUCCACCAAGUCCUCCGGAGUGUAGAAAGCACCACCUUGUGCCAGCCUCACUGCCUGGCCAGCAUUUCCACGUCCCGGGGGCAGUAGGGGUCAUAGCACCUGCUGGUCACCUCGGGCGGGUAUCCUUAUGGCAGUCCUAUUCUUUCAGCUUGGUUUAGUAUUUUCUUACUUUGUCUUAAAACUCAUCAAAGGUGACUGUGAAAACCGUGUGUUUUUAAGUAUAGACAGAAAUAGCAAUACUGUACCUGUGUCCUGUGACUUACACCCAGAUAUUUGUAAAUCCAACAUAACGCAGGCAAUAACACGGCAAUAGUUUAAACUAUUACAUAGUGUAAAUUAAAGAAAAAUCACAGGAGCCUUAAUUUCCUACUGGGAUCGUUUGCAGUGGUUCUAGCCCCUGAAUUUUGAAGUGGGUAGACACUGUCUUUGUCAGAACUGGAAAAAGAACUGCUUUCUUGCCUUAUUGCUUUGGUAUAAGGUUACAAAAAUAUGAGGAUUCCAUAGACAAAAAAAGACCUUAAAUCACAUUGCUUGUUAUUAAGAUAUUUUACAAGUUAGCAGUGGGCCAAAAGUAGCUUCAGAUUAGCAGAAAUACUUCGAGUGCUUUCAGCUUUAAAAAAUGAGCUUGAAGAUCAAAUUAAUGUUUAUUCUCUUUCCUGAAAUAGAAAAUAUUUUGUUCCCCAAAAUAAAAGUUUCAGUCAACACAUAAAAUUUUAUUGACUGUACUUAAAGAUCAAACUGAUUUUAACGCUAAUAGUUACCUGCUACACGAUAUGGAUAAUUAGGAUUUCUUCAGUUUUUUUCAUACAAUUCUAACAUAUAAUUGGAUCAAAUAAACAUUUUGAUACACUGUUGCUUUAAUACUAGAUGGAUUUAAGGUAAAAUUGUUCGGAAACCUGAAUCCAUAGUCAUUUCUUUAUAUUGUCACUUUUGUAAGACUACUUGAAAUUUCUACUGUGCAUCUCUGGGUAUUUUGUGUUGAGUUAUAAUAAAAAGAGGUAGCACUGAGGUUCCCAGGUAAAGUAUGUGGACACAGACCGUGUGCAUGUAAACUUCUGUUCUCUGAAAGCCAAAUUAUAUUUUUAUGGUGACCCUG